AUGGCUGACGUUGCUGUUAUGGAAGCAGAGGUGAAGGAAUACAAGCUUCAGUAUGAGUCUGUUGCAUCAAGCUUGCAGGUAGACCCCGACAAUGAAGAACUGAAGAGUCUCAAGGCUGAAUUGGAGGAACUCAUUGCACUUUCCGAAAUCGAAAUCGCCGAGAAAAAGCGUACCGAGUCCGCCAAACCCGCCAAACCUGCCGAACCCGCCCAUAAGGAAAGCCGAUUCAAGGGUAACGGUGCCCAUGGAAUUACUGAGCAUACAGAGGAGGCAUCUGCUGGAACUGUUACAACUCCUACCCCGCUAUUGUUCGCAGUCAACGACACUGUUCUUGCGCGCUGGGUCUCUGGUGACAACGCUUUCUACCCGGCCAAGAUCAACUCCAUCACCGGAUCAUCCGCCAACCCGGUUUAUCUUGUCUCGUUCAAGUCUUAUGGCACUGUGGAAAAUCUGACAGCCAAGGAUAUACGACCCAUCUCUGGCACUGACUCGCGAAAGCGCAAGGCUGAUGGAACCCCAGGCAGUUCAGCGUCUCCCUCACCCGUCCCCGCUCCCCCCGGUGUAAUCUCCGCCGCAGCAGACGUCAACCCCGCAUUGGCCACACAGGCUCGCAACGAUCCCAAGCCCGGUGAUGCACUGGGGCGUCCCGCCAAGAUGCCUCGCAAGGUGAAGGCGAACAAAGAGCUCGAAGCAGGCAAGAACAAAUGGCAGGAUUUCGCUGCGAAGGUCAAAGGCAAGGGCAAGUUUGGCAAGAAGGAAAGCAUGUUCCGCACAGGCGAAGGCCUCAAUGCACGAGUGGGCGUCACAGGUUCUGGUCAGACUAUGCGCAAAGACCCGACACGAACUCGCCACGUUUACCAACAGGUCGAGGACGAUGGCUACUAG